AGCUACCGUAGUAGCAAAAGCAGAAGCAACAUUUCCCGUUUACCAUCUUCCUUCUGGGCCCAUUCAAGAGUCCACCAGGCAUGGAAGCAGUGACUGUGUACCAUGGCAAAAUCAGCAGGGAGACAGGGGAGAAGCUCUUGCUCGCUACCGGGCUGGAUGGAAGCUAUCUGCUAAGAGACAGCGAGAGUGUUCCUGGCGUGUACUGCCUGUGUGUUUUGUAUCAAGGUUACAUCUAUACAUAUCGAGUGUCGCAGACAGAAACAGGUUCUUGGAGUGCUGAGACAGCACCUGGGGUACAUAAAAGAUUUUUCCGGAAAAUAAAAAAUCUCAUUUCAGCAUUUCAGAAGCCAGAUCAAGGCAUUGUAAUACCUCUGCAGUAUCCAGUUGAGAAGUCCUCGGCUAGGAGUACACAAGGUACCACAAGGAGAAGUGAUUCUGAUGUCUGCCUGAAAGCACCAUGAAGAAGAAUAACACACCCUGUCCGUUAUUUUCAAUAAUUUAAGUACAUGCCAAGUCUUGUAUAUUGUAGAUAAUACAGUUCAGUGAACUGCAAAUGCCUUUUAACCACCACUCUAGUCCUGUAAUAGGAGCAUCUCGCCCACGUCAAAGCUGAAAGCAGACGUUGUAGAUAACAAGUGCUUUAAAGUGAGGAUUGGGAAACAGAAUCCCUUAGAGUAUUUUUACUUCCUGUAUUUACAAAUAGGAAACAGUUUAAAGCACAGUGAAGACCUUACAAAAGAUUAAUGUCAAUUCUUGCCACAUGUAAAUAAAAAUAAUCUUCAUUUUUUUUUUUUUUGU